AUGCUCAGUUCGGUGUGUGUCUCCUCUUUCAAAGGACGCAAGGGUGGGAACAAGUCGCCCAACAAAGCAUGUUACAGUGCAGACAUGACUUGUCCGUCAGACAGCGAGAAAAUCGUAAUAAACUGUGGAGGGGUGCGACACGAGACUUACCGCAGCACCCUCAAGACGUUGCCCGGUACCCGCUUAUCUUGGCUUACCGAUCCGGACGCGUUUAGCAACUUCGACUACGACCCCAAAAUCGACGAGUUCUUCUUCGACCGCCACCCCGGCACAUUCACAUUCAUCCUCAACUACUACCGCACAGGCAAGCUUCACUGUCCCAACGAUGUGUGCGGACCACUGUUCGAGGAGGAACUCGCCUUCUGGGGCAUCGACGAGACGGACGUGGAGGCGUGCUGCUGGAUGAACUACCGUCAACACAGGGAUGCCGAAGAGGCGCUGGACAGCUUCGAGCAGCCCGAGCCAGAGGAGCCGGAAGACGACCUGGAGCUGACUGCGGACGGAGAGCUCAAGAGGCUGUGCCUGCAUGAAGACGGGCGCAAGAGGAGCUGGUGGAGUGUGUGGCAACCCUAUUUCUGGAAUCUUUUUGAGGAUCCAUAUUCUUCCAAGAAUGCCAAGGUGAGUCCUCUCUCUCUCUCUCUCUCUCUCUCUCUCUCUCUCUCUCUCUCUCUCUCUCUCUCUCGUUGUGACAUUUCCUCUUGAAAAAAUGUUGCCGUCCCACAAAAGUCUAUUGCAAGUGCACUGGAAUGUUAAACUGGAUUUAGAAGAGGGAGAUCCCGCAUAGCCUACUGCUUAUUUAGGCUAUAUAUUGAAUAUCCCUGACAUAUUUUAUAAUGGACGUCAUGUGUACAGACUGCAGUCUAUGAAAGUUGGCUGCUAUGUCCAAAGUUAAUACGAUGAUGAGGGAGGGUGUGUUGGAAUGGUGUUCAUUGUGUUCUUGUCAGAAUGAUGGUGAUGUUCGCUUUGAUAGUCAAGGAAAAUUAGUUGGAAGAAAAAGAACAGUGACUGUCAUAAACAUCGGUUAGGGAUUUCCAAAAAGCAGCCAACUCAGACCAGUGCUGGUGUGCCUAGAAAUGAUGUUGCCGAUUGGAAAUGGACUGUUGUGGCCUAUGGUGUGUUAUUUUCUCUAUUUUUAUAAAUUAUUUAAUUUAGCUCCAUAGUACGCUAUUACAGUUGUGUGGGGAGACCCUCUCCCAUGUACCUCGUCCCUCUCUCCUUCUCCAUUUUUACGCAUUAUUUCCCGGUUACCACUGCGUCUCGAGCGUACUGCAUACGACCCCCCCCCCCCCCCCCCCCCCCCCCCCCCCCCCCACACACACACACACACACACACGCUUUCCCACGCUUGAUUAAAUUGUCGUUCUUUGUGGACCUCUAGCGCCCGUUGUCAUCGAGCGCAUCAUUCAAUCUCGAUUAGCGCAUUAUCUCUUCUCGCUCACUCUCUCGUCUUCCGCACUGUCCACUCCCCCGUUGCGCAUCUCUCUCUUUCUCCUUGCCUUUCACUCUCUCUCGUUGCCUUUCACUCUCUCCAUCUCACUUUCACCCCUUCUCUUUACCUCCUCUCAAUUUAUCUCUUCACACCAAUAACUUUUGGGUUUUAACAAGCCUUCUCGUGCUGCUUCCCUCUCCAGUCUAUAGGCUACCCGCGUUUUGCGCACCCUGGCUGUGAUUUUCGCGCAUUUUAAGCAGCUAGUUUUGUAAACUAGUCCAGUGUCCACUUAUCUAACUCAAAUAAGGUUAAAACCUAAAGAAGUUAAUCGUUAAUGAAUGGAACCUUUGUAAUGUUUGUGCCCUCCACAGAAAUUACUUAAUUAACUCACUUUUCAUUCUAAUCUAGACCUAA